AUGUUGAAAUCGACAUACCGCCCUCCUGUACCAACGCCGACGAAAUCACCUCUCCCGCCGGAAUGGACAGAGCACAAAGCUCCAAGCGGUCGUACAUAUUACUACAAUGCAGAGACGAAGCAGUCGACCUACACUCGGCCGAGCGUUCCCUCCGACGAGCCGUUACGGAUUGAUUAUGACGCAACAGAACCCGAUCAUGUUGUCCGCGCUUCCAUGCAGGCUUUGGAACAAUUCCACAGAAACAAUGCCACAUCAGGCGCCGGCGGUUUUAGUGGUGCGAGAAGUCAUCAAGACCGCUCUCGGCGAAGAGGGGACCGGGGAGACCGACCAAAGUCGAAAGCAGCGAUUCCGAACUGUGCGCCGUGGGUUCUUGUGAAGACGAAAUUGGGCAGACGAUUCGUACACAACACAGAGACGAAGCAGAGUCUGUGGAAGUUCCCGCAGGAUGUGAUGAUGGCGGUGAUCGAGAUGGACAAACUGGAGUGGGAGGCAAAGAAGAAAGCGGGAGGUGAAACCCGGGAAGCGGAGGAAGCAGGCAAGUCACCAACCGGAGACACAACGAGCCCUAAGGGACCGCAACCGGAUCCCGGGGAGGGAGACUACGACAGCGAUUCGUACGAAGAAGUUGAAGUGACCGACGACGAGGAGGGGGAAGAAGAUGGUGGGCGGAAUUCUUCUAAACGGCUUCGUCUCAGUCAGGAUGACAGAACGUCUCCGCCCUCUCGCCCCGUGGAAUUCGAUGAAGAUGAUAUAGCAUACCAGUUGGCGCAAAUGGAAGAAGACUACGGUCCGGAUGAAGACGGGCUAUACGACCAGAACGAGGAUGAUGAAGAUCAAGGACUACCACUCACAGCCAGCGACAACCUGGCCCUGUUCCGUUCCUUGCUGGACGACUCGGGCAUCUCGCCCUACUCGACCUUUGAAAAGUUGAUCGAAGGUACCGCCGUCGUAGAGGACCCUCGCUAUGUUGCACUACCCAAUACCUCAGCUCGCAAAGAAGCAUUUGCGUCGUGGUCAAAAGACCGUAUUGCGGAACUACAAGAGUUGAAAAAUUCCGAACAGGCACGCGCCAAACCCAAGGAUCCCCGAGCUGAGUACCUCCGCUUCCUGCAGAGACACGCCACACCGAGGCUGUACUGGCCGGAAUUCAAGCGCAAGUUCAAAAAGGAAACCGUGAUGCGUGAUCUGGGCAUGCAGGACAGAGAUCGUGAGAAGCUCUACCGGGAAUUUGUUGCCCGGCUGAAGACCAGCGACGCGGAGAGGAGGAAGGAAUUGGUCGCGCUGCUCAAGGGCGUCGACAAGGCUAUGAUCAAAAGGGAUAUGCCUAUUGAGGAGCUGCCGGACAGUAUUCUACGGGAUUUGAGGUUUUAUACGCUCGAGGAGCGCAGGAGAGACGAGCUGGUGCAGACCUUCCUAGAGACGCUAUGA